UACCGCCUGUGACCUGAGUUCACUGUGCAUUUCGCCAUCGUCCCGUCACGGACUGCGUCGCCGGAGAAAGCACCGUUAGCAGCCACCAGCCCUUAGAGUUGACGUCGCCGGUUUCAUCCAUCGGACAAACUGCAGAUGUUCAAGCUUUAACAGAACAGAUUUAUAAUAAAGUGUUGAUGCUGUGUGCUUGGCAAAAAAAGUAUAAUUUUUGUGCAUGUUUGUGGCUCACCUUCCUCAACUGAGAAUAAGAUCCUUCUUGUGUUAAGCUCUCAUCUUUCCAUCAAUGGGAGACUAUCAUUUUGUGUAUAAGGAUGUCGAAGGAGCAUCUACACAAUGGGAUGAUAUACAAAGAAAACUAGGUAAUCUACCUCCCAAGCCUGCUCCUUUCAAACCCCCUUCCUUUACUCCACCGCAAGAUGAAGAUUCAAAACACAAAGACAAGGGUUGGAUUGAUGAGAAAACUGAAGAAGAGCUUGAAGAUCUUGAAGAUGAUGCGAAUCUUGAUGACGACCGGUUCCUUGAAGAAUACAGGAAGAAGAGGUUGGCAGAGAUGAGAGAAUCCGCUAGAGUCUCAAGGUUUUGUUCAGUGGUUCCAAUAUCAGGAUCAGAUUUUGUUCGGGAGGUUUCACAGGCUCCACCAGAUGUUUGGGUGGUUGUGUUUCUGUUUAAGGAAGGAUUUCCAGAAUGUGAACAACUUAUGCAUUGCCUGGAAGAACUGGCUUCAAGAUAUCCAGCAACAAAGUUUGUUAAGAUAAUAUCUACAGAUUGCAUUCCGAACUAUCCAGACCGUAAUCUUCCUACCCUACUGGUGUACAAUAAUGGUGCUAUCAAAGGAACAUAUGUCGGCUUGCAUCAUUUUGGUCGGGGGUGCACACCUGAAGGUGUUGCACUAGUCCUUUGCCAGUCAGAUCCGGUACUUAAUGAUGGUCAGAGUGGAAGUGACCCAUCGAGAAAGGGCAUCAUUGAUGGUGUCCGCAAGAGGUUUAUUGAGAAGGUCGUGACAGAGCAUGAAGAUAAAGAUGAGGAUGAAUAUUUGAGCGACUAGAAUCACUAUGGCCUUUGCCAUUCGCAUUUGAUGGAAGGGUCAUUUCUCUGCAAUGCUUUGUGACAUGGAGCCCCUGUGACAUGUGAUUAUACAUGAUUUAUUAGCUACCUUUACAGCAUAUUAGUGUAGUUUCUUAAGAUCUGUGAAGGAUAUUGAUCAUUGUAUCUUGAAUUGGUUUUGGGCUGCAGAUGUUGAUUGUUCAUGUUUGUUGAAUUUGAGCUAUUAGCUUGAGCCUGAUUUGUGUUCAUUGCUGAAGUGACCCCAACAUGAAUCAUGUAAAAUGACACUUGGAAAAUCUUUGAGAAUUUCAUUAUUAUCU